UAAAAAAGUGGUUCACCAUAAUAGAGAAAAAUGAUUUUUAGCUACUUUUGGUGAGUAAAAUUUGAUGAGGCUACUAAAAAUGCUCUAAGCACAACAUAUUUAUCAUUUGAUCUGCAAAUAUAACACGUUUAAAGUGGAGGCCAAAACCCUCCAUCUUUUGUGAUUUCAACAUGACUAUAAUAUGAUUGCGAUAAAACCUUGUAAAACAACCGCUUGAUAUGAUUGUGAUUUUAUGGGUUUUUUUUUUUUUUUCCUUUUUUUCUUUUUUUUUUUAUUAUUAUUAUUUCUGAGAAAGACCCCUGGUUAGUUAUGUUUUUUAUUAUUAUUACUCAUCAAAAUAAAUAAAUGUGCAAUUGAAACCAAACUUCUUCCGCCGCCCUAGUUGGUGGUGACAAGUAAUAAAACUCAUAGGCCGGAGGUGUGGCAAGGCAAUAAGAUGCCAGUGACUUCUCUUUUUCCAAAGCCACGUACGCCCGAUUCAACCUCCGAUAUUGAUACUUACACUCCUUCUCAAAGUCAAUCCUAUAUUCCUAACCGCUCUCCCUUCUCUCUUCUCUCUUCUCUUAAGAAAAACAACUCCUUUGAUUGCUCAACAAACUAAAUUAAACUGACAGACCCAGAGAGUCCAAGAGAGAGUAAUUUACAUGGAAGAGGGGCAAAAGAGCACAAGCUGCAAGCGAGAUAAGAAGACGACCCAGAUAAGCUUUGGCGGCGGCGAUGGUGUUGGAGGGCUGGUUGUGUCGGGAGGAGCCUUGGCUGUUGCAGGUUUGAUAGCAGUUUUCGCAAUCAAGAAUAGAAGAAGUUCAAAGAAGCCUAGCUGUGGAUCCGAAGAAUCGAAGAAAAACUUGAGUUGCAAAAGAGAAGAUGAAGGCAGUGAUCAAGGGCUGAGCUUUCUUUCUCAAACUUCAUCGACAACCACUACUCCUGAUGAUUCAUGUUUCCCAAGCCGUGGAAGGUCGAAGAUGAGCGAAGUCUUCACCAAAAGCUUGAUCCUGGAAGGGAAUCCGAUGCCUGAAAUGAUCAACAAGGUAAAAGAGGAUUCCUUGAGUGGUCAUCAAGAGAUCAUGCUCUCUGAUGAUUCUAAACCAGGAAGCAUUGCAUCAUGCGAUGAUUGUGGAGUGGUCAUGGAAGAAUCUUUCUCGACGGAGAUUCCUAUUUUUAUUCAAGAAACAAUGGAGGAUGAGAAAGCGGAUGAAGCGUCUCCGAUUGUUCAUGCCGAAGAGAUGGCAGCGGAAGAUGAUCAAGAGAAUGAUGAUGAGGAUGACGAAUGCGUUGCAGAGAAAUCAUCACAAGAACACAAGCAAACAGAUUCCAUUUUUAUAAGUACUACGGAAAAGCCGGAGGAAGAAGAUAGAACAGUUAAAAUAGAAGAGCAUGGUUACUUUGAGAGCAGCAAAAAUGGUGAUGCCUUCAAGAAUGAAGCUGCUGAAAAACCAAUCACUAUAACGAAGGAAACUCAGGAGCCAGUUAUGGUGAUCCAUCAGCCAGCACGCUCAUCGAAGUUGAGAAAUUGGAUUUUCUGUGUGUUAUUGUUCGUGCUGCUGAUGCUGUUGCUGUCGCUUUCUCUCACCCAUAGUAAAGCUGUAUUCUCUACUGUAUCGUGAUUCUUUCAUUAUCCGUGAAAGUCUAGAGAAGCACUAGAUUUGUUUUCAACAAGUUGAGGACAAAUAAGAGCAUUAAACUUAUCAAAAGAA